CACUGAUCAAUGGAAAGAGCCGAAGAUGUCAGCUCUGUCAUCAGAGCCGGUAAUCGGCAUCCCUCAGAGGGGACAUAUACACUGGUCAUCAGGGCACUGAUGAUCAGUGUGCCCUGAUGAUCUGUGUAGCCCCAGCAGUGCCACCUGCCAGUGCCCAUCAAUGCCACAUAUCAGUGCCUACCAGUGCACAUCAAUGCCACAUAUCAGUGCCCAUCUGAACUGCCUUUCAGUGUCACCCAUCAGUGCCACCUAUCAAUGCCAGUCAGUGCCACCUAUCAAUGCCAGUCAG